AUGGCCUCCUUCUGCAAGAUUGAGAGCGCCACCUCCAGCCGGGGUCACUGUGAUGAUGCGGACCUGAGCGCCGUGGUGUGCCACACCCCCCUGAGUAACCUGGGCCACUGCCGCCGGGGCAGCACCCUGUCCUUCACCGUGGCCUUCCAGAUCCUCAAGCCCGGCCUGUACGAGCUGAGUCAGCACAUGAAGCUGAAGCUGCAGUUCACCGCCUCAGUGACCAACCCGCCCCCUGAUGCCCGCCCACUCUCACGGAAGAACAGCCCCUCCAGCCCGGCGGUGAGGGACCUGCUGGACCGCCACCAGGCCAGCCUGGGCCGCUCGCAGUCCUUCUCCCACCAGCAGCCGUCCCGCUCACACAUCAUGAGGACAGGCAGUGCCAUGGAGCGGCGCGCUAUAACCCCUCCUGUGGGCUCCCCCGUGGGGAGACCGCUGUACCUGCCCCCCCCAGACAAGGCGCUGCUCUCCCUGGACAAGAUCGCCAAGAGAGAGUGCAAGGUUCUGGUGCUGGAGCCCAUCUGCUGAGAGACGGACGGGGGGAGGAGGAGAGCGCUAGAGCGAGACAGAGAGAGAGACGGGGAAACAGGAGUUAAACAGGAAGUAGAUCGAGUGACAAAAUAGCAGAAUAUAAUAAUCGAGUACAAAGUGUACACAAUAAACUGCUGGGUGGGGAAACUAGACAAAAGGUCGAGUUGAGUUGGUUUAACACAAAAGAACAGGAGACGACUUCUGGGGAUUUAGAAAAGCGUUGUUCAACAUGGCAGUCCUUAACUAAAUA